UUUUGGGAAAAAUUGGCGUCAUUUUACAAUUGUUCGGAUUAUUAAUUACCUAGGUUUAUUAAAUAUAUUUGAAAAGUUUGAACCUAAACAAUGCCUGCUAGUUCAAAAGUCGAUAAGGUCGUAGGUGGCGAAAUUGUGAAGAAAUUGCGGGCGCGGAAAAAUGCACAAAUAUGCAAAAAAGGCCCACCUAAUGUAGACGCGAAGGGCAAAUUACAACGUAGUAGAGGAGUUAUUGUGACAAUGUCCGUUGAACAAAGUGGUGGAAUAUCGGUAGAAACCCCUGGAGGUAUUGCUACGUCCCACUCUAGGAAGAUAUCAACAACUUCUGCAUUAUUCAGUCCUAUGGGUGUUUCUAUUGGGGUUGUAUGUGAGAGUACAACAGAAAAUAAGGAAGUGAUAGUGGAUAUGAAAAAUUGCCUGAAGGACAAUGCAAAAAUUGCAACGGAUCAGAUCAAUAUAGCUCCAGAAAUUAAAAUACCAUUGAAGACAAUUUCUAARCCAUUAAUCUUACAAUUUCGAAAAGAUUUAAGCUUUUUGAAGAAUCAACAGAUAGAAAAAUUAUCUGAAUUUAAUGUUAAAAGUAUUCAACAAUUGUUGAACAUACCAUUUGGGAAAUUGCUUGAAUUAAAACUCAGUAAYAAACAAUUACAGUUACUUAUAGCUUUAGUAAAAAGUGAAAUGCGGGACAAAAAAAAUCCCAAAGAAGUGCAGCCAUUAAAAGCUAUAGCAGAGGAAUUGGACAAAUUGGAMGCAAAUGACGAUGAUGAUGAGAAACCAUUAGUAAUAGACGAAAGCCUCCCCACUAUUUAUGAGAAUAAAAACAUAUCAAAUAUUAAAGAAGAACGCAGCUUCGAAGCCAUUCAGGAAUGUUUUACACAAAUUCGCAGUGUCAAAGUKCCUCAAUCACGAGCUGCCCUAAAAGAAGUACGAUCGGAGUUAACUGAAAUUAUUACGGAAUUGAAUGAAAAAGAGCACAGGAUAUUGGAUAAUAUACGUAAUAAAAAGGAUACAGUUAAAACAGCUGUAACCGAAGAAGACGUCACAACAACUACGACACCAACAAAUCCAAAUCUACAACCGACAGUUAUGAUCAGAAAAUUACCAACUCCGUUAAGGAAGCAGAAAUUUAAUGUGGAUGCCGACAGUACGACCAAUCUUGAUCUUACUUUUUCCAAUGAAUGCGAAGUGAAACCUGUAGUCGAUGUAGCUGAAGCUAACAMAGCUAGGUCGGCACCGGUCCAAAAAAAAGCAAAGAAACGUAAUAUGAAUGUUAUGAAUUUAAUGGAGAGUAAAACUAACACAUACCAAGAGAAAAUCGAUAUGUCAGAAAAUGCAGACGUACAUAUUUCCGAAGUGCCCCAUGUUAAGAAAGAAUGCGUCGCCGAUCGCCAAUCUAAAGCGGUGGAAGACAGAUUUGUACUUAUGUCAAAGAUUCCUUCGCUAGAGUCUCCCCUACUUGCGUCAAAGAAAACCGAAAUUGUGAAGUUUGAAGAUAGUGGUGUUGUAUUAGAUGAGUCGAUAAAAUUUAACAAUCAAAAAGUUUGCGAUCAAGACAUACCUUUAAAGGUUCCAGUGCUGACUAAUGAUUUAGAUACUAGUGCUAAUGAUUUAGGAAGCAAUGUAUCACUUAGUUCGCAGUGCGAAGAUAAAUUUGAAGGACCAAUAAUGUCAGCAAAGCGACGAAUUGAGUUCGGCGCAAAGACAAAYGAUGAAAGUGAUAAAUUUAGUUCCUAUGACACAGGCACGGUGGUAACAACUUCCAAUACCCCCUUGUCACCCAUAUCUAAUGAAAUUAUAAGUCCAACAAAGGCAAAUUUCUUCGCCAAUGAUUAUAAACCAGCUUUGGAAAUCAAUGGUUACUGUACAGGAAUUCUUUAUUUGGUGAAGGAAAUUGAUGUAUCAAAUAUUUCCAUAAACAAACCAGAUAAUUUAGAUAUAUUAUUGCGUUCUAAUACCGCGGAUCCCAGACUGUUGAAGUUCUUAAAAAAGGAAAACAGUACUUUGCACUCUUCGGCAACAUUUUGUGGCAUCAAUAAAGGGGUUCAAAGCGAUCCCCGACGUUCGAGUAGUGUUUACAAUGCGGAGACAUUUUUAAAACAACAUAACCAAGACUUAUCUCAGCCAACGCCCAAUAUGCUUCUGUAUGGUUGCUUGCAGCGUUCCCCAUGGUAUCAGUCCCUUAUGUCUACUAUGAAAAUACAAAUAAAUCAAACUAUUUCGAUAUUGGUGCGCGCUAUCAAUAAUUUUCAAAAAAUUCGUUUGAGUGAUCCGUAUGCCGUUUUCGACAUAUUCAAAAUUUAUUGUGCCGGAGAGUUGUUGGAAAUUUUGGAAAACCUUGGACUUUUCGUUGAUGUUAACGGUGUUAUUUAUGAAAAGAAAAAUAUGUCAAGUUAUGGGGGUCGAUCAUAUGGCUGUGCGUCCGUUGUUAAUGCUACAUACAGUUUCAUACAACCGGUUGAGCCACAGUCCGUCGCAGUACAACAACAAAUGCGCUCUUUUACUUCGCCAGCGACAAAUUUUUCUACCUCACCUAMAACAUAUCAACCAUCUGCAUCAUUCAUAAGCUGCUAUAUUGAUUCGCCUCGGGUCGCAACGAAUGAGUCUCCACAAAUGCCGCAACCGUAUUUACGUCGCUCAAAACCUUCACCAUACCGUGCUCCUUUACCAUCGGUACCACCUCGACGACACUGCGGCCUCAAGGUGCCCUAUGCAUCUAAUGCUGCACCAACUCGUUCAUCGUUAUCGCCUGUAAAACGCCAGCCUCGUUGCUCGGACUCUGAGGAGGAAAAUUGGGACUUAGAUGAAAAUAUCAAAUCAUCGACACCUCUAAAACCUCCACUUAGUCCAUGUUCUGCCAAGGAAUUCGAGCAUAGCUCCUCGAAAUAUGCGAACGGCAAUCAUAAGAAGAGUUGGUAAUGACAUUUUAAACAUAAGAUAUUCCAGUCAUUGAAUUGCUUAUUAAUUUAUUUUUACAUUUCAUGUUCAGUURUCGCUUUAAGUUUUGUUUUAACUGAAAUUAUCAGACUUAUUAGUAAAGGAGUUCUUUUAUGUAAA